AGCUGGGACAAUUAAGCGAAUUUUACCAAUUUUCCAAUUUUAUCUGCCUGCCGUUUGUUGUCAAGUCAAUCAAUCAAUACCUGAUAGGCAGAAUCAAGCCAAAGGUUGCGUUGCCUAUACUCCAACAUGUCAACGGCCGCACGCCCACCCGCGCUGCGGUUGGGGCAGCAAGAUCUGAAAUGCAGGGCGAGCUGUGGCUACUAUGGUACUCCCCAGAACGAUGGCCUCUGCUCGAAAUGUUUUCGCGACCGCAACGAUAAGCAGCGUAAAAUGCUGAAGGCUGGCGACAUGCAGCCCAUCCUCAGUGGCAGUCACAGUCACAGCCACGCGUCCGUUUCCUCUGGCGGAACCAGCGACCGCAGGUCGCCGCAGCAUUUUCAGGUGCGUGAAACACCCAAGAAGCAAGUGGACAAGGAGCCGGACACCUCGACGUUGCAGAAGAAGAAAUUUACGGCAGUGCUGCAGAAGACCCUACAGGCGGGGGCACAAAGAAUUGCCCAGCAGCGUGGAUAUGUGCCCGAUCCCACAGAAAGUCAGUUCGUAAAGCAGCUGCAAAAGCUGCGCAUUCCCGACGAUGGCAAGCGCAAGCUGAAGAGCGAAAUUCAGCGACUGGACAGUGAGAUUCGGAAGUACAUGAACAGCAACAGCAGCAAAAACAUUGACGAGCUCUCGGAUGCGGUGCAGAAUACCUACACAAAGGUGGCGGACAUUGUGCACAAUGAUCCGCGCUUCGAGAUCGCCACCAAUGAGGAUCGCGAGAGUGCGAUAGACUUCUUUGAGAAGGUCGUGAUGACGCAGAACCACAAAUUUCUCUUUAGUCCCUACUUCACGACGGACGAGGAGAGCGACAUGAAGGUGCAGAAGCGCAUACGCCAGCUGAGCUGGAUAACGUCGAAGCAUCUGGACUGCAGCAUUGAUGAGGUGAAUGCCGAGGCCAGGGAUCUGGUGUACAGUGCCAUCUCGGAGCUGGUGGGCAUCGAUUCGUACUAUUCGCCGCAGGAGAAACUUCAGUGCACCGUCCGCUGUUGUCGUCACAUCUUUGAGCUGCUCAAGCGUGCCACGGGCGGACCAGCCAGUGCCGAUGACUUUCUGCCCGCCCUGAUCUUUGUGGUGCUGAAGGCCAAUCCGGUGCGGCUGCACAGCAACAUCAACUUUGUGACGCGCUUCACCAAUGCGUCGCGCGUGAUGAGCGGCGAGGGUGGCUACUACUUCACCAAUCUCUGCUCGGCCAUUGCCUUCAUCGAGAACCUCAAUGGCGAGAGUUUGGGCAUCAGCAAGGAGGAGUUUGAUGCACUGAUGUCUGGACAGCAGCCCUUUAGCAGCCCCUGGGAGAGUGCCCUAAUGGCCUGCGAGAGUCUGCAUCUGAUUUCGGAGAACAUGAAACAAAUGGAAAGGCUGCAGAAGAAGAAUGGGGACAUCAGUUCGGCCAUAGCCGCAUUCGAAAAAGAAUUGAUUGAGUUCCAGCUUGAAGUCACGGAGCGCGUGGACACGGUCAUGGCGAAGGCACCGCUGACGCUGUUGCCCAUCAAGACGCCCGCCUUCCUCAUCAGCCAGGCUCGCGCCCAGCUGCUGCACGAGGGCGAAGCGGGUCAUUAUCAAGCGAAUGUAUUGAGUGGCGGCCACUCCCUGACAGUCCACAGCGGCAUGGUAAAGGCCUCUAUUCCAGCGGAAGAGUCCGGCCUGGCCCUGAAGGACACCAGCAUCAGCUCUAUUGGACGCCUGUCGCCGCUGCCGAACCUCCAGCAGCCAGACAAUCUCUUUGCCUCUCCCAUCUUUAAUUACGCGGCCUUUGAUGCGGUGUCGCUGCUGGAGGAGCCCUCGUCUGGCGGCAGUACGGAUGUUCUGAUGUUGGGCGCAGAGCUUCAGGGCGGCCUAACGAACAUCAAUUAUGACUUUGAUCUCUCCGACCAGAGCGGAGAGAACAGCACGGCGGAGGAGGCCAAGUUGAAUCUCGAAGAGUUUGAUCCCCUGGCGCAGAGCAGUGCCACGGCAGCAGCAGUGGAGCCCGAGACGAGCCUGCUGGACACCACCAUGGAUAGUCUGAUAGACAGCGAUGUGCCCGGCAGUUGCGUCUCGCUGCCCUCGCCCCUGAAACCGGAGGUGGCCAACUAUCGGGGAUUCUCGAAUUUCGAAAUUCCCAGCAUCUCCUGCAACACGGGAGACUUUAGUUCGCUGGGCCACGAUGCCGGGCCGUCUGAGGGACACAAAUAGCUGGAAGAUCGAUCGACUCCUACCUAUCCUACCCUGCACGUACAACAGAGAUGUAAAUAGUUAUAUGAUUUAGCUAGUUAGCAUAGAGCUCGUUUCAAUUCAACCAUUUUGCACAUA